GGGUUUCGUUACGUUCUCGUUGGGAACUUCGGACAAGAUCCUCUAGAGAGGUUUUUCGGCAUCGUCAGGCAUGUUGCUGGUGACGGAGGGCAGCCGACUGUGCAACAUUUUUUGUUCAUCUAUCGGAUGCUCUCUGUAAACAACCUAGUUCGGCCGCCAAAACGGGCCUCGGUCGAGGGAGAUGGACCCCAGCUGUUGCUCAAGCUCCAGGGCCUCUUUGACAAGGGAAAACCUGCCUCCAGUCAGAUUGACAUGUUGGCGGUCCUCUUUGAUGACGUUCUUGAGGAGCCGGGAGAGGCAGUGAACAAUGCAUCCGUGCCUGACGUUACGCUCUCCACCAAAGAGUGCAUUCUUGAUUAUCUUGCCGGUUACGUGGUAAAGAAGUUUUCAACGAUAAGCUGCACUGACUGCGUGGGAACACUCAAGAGCCAGACACGAGAGCCAACUGACCUAAUCCAGAAGAAGUCAAGAGGAUUCCUGCAAGUGCCCUCAUCCCAGCUUCUCAGCCUGUUGCGCAUUGUGGAAGGACAUGUUGAAGAACUGAAUGUGGACACAGUUGCAUGUGCCGAUGUGUAUGCGAACAUUGUUGACCAAGUUUUGCUCGACAGCCGCAUUGCUUCUGCUGGUGUGGGCUGUAGGUUGCACUAUGUGGGUACCACAGCAGAGGUUGUUCAUUUUUUCUUGAGGUGCCGCCUGCACUUUUACACCAGGGAAAAAAACAAGCUGACAUGA